AUGGUCAACCGCCUCCAAGGAAAGAACGCCAUCAUCACCGGUGCCGCUGGCGGCAUCGGUCUCGAAACCACAAUCCUCAUGCUCCAAGAAGGCGCCUCCGUCCUAAUGGCCGACAUCUCCCAACCCGCCCUCUCCUCCGCCUUGACAAAAGUCCAAUCCCUCUGUCCAGGAACACGGGUUGAAACAAUCCAAGUCGACGUGUCCUCCGAAUCCUCUGUGAAAAGUAUGGUCGAGAAAGUGGAUUCCUGGGGUGGAGUGGAUAUCAUGUUCAACAAUGCGGGAAUCAUGCACGCGGAGGACGCGGACGCGAUUGCUACGCCGGAGAAGAUCUGGGAUUUGACGCAGAAUAUUAAUGUCAAGGGUGUUUGGUUCGGGUGUAAGUAUGCUGUAGAGAGCUUCAGGAGGAAUGGAAAGGUGAAGGGGAGUGUGAUUAAUACGGCGAGUAUGGUUGCGCUUGUUGGGGCGGCGACGCCGCAGUUGGCGUAUACGGCUAGUAAGGGGGCUGUUUUGGCGAUGACGAGGGAGUUGGGCAUUGUUCAUGCGCGCGAAGGAUUCCGGUUUAACUCUCUCUGUCCUGCGCCUCUGAACACACCUCUCCUUCAAGACUGGCUGGGUGAUGACAAGGAGAAGCGUUUCCGUCGCGAAGUCCACUUCCCAAGCGGCCGUUUCGGCGAAGCUAUUGAGCAGGCCCACGCUGUGAUCUUCCUGGCGAGCGACGAAUCGUCUUUUGUCAACGCGACCGACUUUGUCGUUGAUGGCGGUUUAACAAAGGCAUAUGUCACACCCGAGGGGCCGGCGACUGCCGCUCCGAAGAAUCAAGCUUCAUGA